CCGGCGAGGAGCAACAGAAGCUGCCUAGUAAGUCGCCAAGACCUACAACAAGAACUCUACGGGAAAGGGCAUAAAACCUUGUUAUUUUAAGUUACAUCUGGGAGAAUGUCUGAGCAAGGAGACCUGAACCAGGCCAUAGUAGAGGAAGGAAGGACGGAGCAGGAGGCUGCUCCAGAGAAUGGCAUAGUAAAAUCAGAAAGUCUGGAUGAAGAGGAGAAGCUGGAACUACAGAGGCGGCUGGCAGCUCAGAACCAAGAGAGAAGAAAAUCCAAGUCAGGAGCUGGAAAAGGUAAACUGACCCGGAGUCUUGCAGUCUGUGAGGAGUCAUCGGCCAGACCAGGGGGUGAAGGUCUUCAAGAUCAGGAAUCAAUUCAUUUACAGCUUUCCAGUUUCCCCAGCCUGCAAGAGGAGGAUAAAUCUAGGAAAGAUGACUCUGAAAGAGAAAAAGAAAAGGAUAAAAACAAAGAUAAAACCUCUGAAAAACCCAAGAUCAGAAUGUUAUCCAAAGAUUGCAGCCAAGAAUAUACGGAUUCCACAGGCAUAGACUUACACGAAUUUCUGAUUAACACUUUAAAGAAUAAUUCCAGGGACAGGCUGAUACUCUUGAAAAUGGAGCAGGAAAUUAUUGAUUUCAUUGGUGACACCAAUAACCAUUACAAAAAGUUCCCCCAGAUGUCUUCCUAUCAGAGGAUGCUGGUCCACCGGGUGGCAGCUUACUUUGGAUUGGAUCACAAUGUGGAUCAGACAGGAAAAUCUGUAAUCAUCAACAAGACUGGCAGCACCAGAAUACCAGAGCAAAGGUUUUGUGAACAUUUAAAAGAUGAAAAAGGUGAAGAAUCCCAGAAGCGGUUUAUCUUGAAGCGAGAUAACUCUAGUAUUGAUAAAGAAGACAAUCAGCAAAACAGAAUGCAUCCAUUUAGAGAUGACAGACGAAGUAAAUCAAUUGAAGAGAGAGAAGAGGAGUAUCAGAGAGUGAGGGAGAGAAUAUUUGCACACGAUUCAGUUUGCUCCCAGGAAAGUCUUUAUAUGGAAAACAGUAGGCUCUUGGAAGACAGUACCAUAUGCAAUGAGAUCUAUAAGAAAAGACAGCUUUUUCGGGGCAACAGAGACAGCUCAGGGAGGACAUCUGGGAGUCGGCAAAGCAGCUCAGAGAACGAACUCAAGUGGUCUGACCACCACAGGGCCUGGAGCAGCACAGACUCUGACAGCUCUAACCGCAACCUACGGCCUACCAUGACUAAGACGGCGAGUUUUGGGGGCAUCACGGUGCUGACCAGGGGUGACAGCGCAUCCAGUACCAGGAGUGCCGGGAAGCUGUCCAAAACAGGUUCUGAGUCUUCCAGCAGUGCAGGCUCUUCGGGAUCACUGUCCCGUACCCACGCCCCUCUCCAGAGCACACCCCUGGCCUCCACCUUGGCAACUGGAUCCCCUGGCUGUUUGCCCUAUGCAGAGAAUGGAAUAGGAGGCCAGGUCCCUCACAGCAGCACCAGCUACAUCCUCCUUCCACUUGAAGCUGCCACAGGCAUCCCUCCCGGAAGCCUCCUUCUUAAUCCACAUACAGGUCAACCCUUUGUGAAUCCAGAUGGAAGUCCUGCAAUAUACAACCCACCUGGCAGCCAGCAGCCCCUACGCAGCACAGUAGGGGGGCAGCCCACACAGCAGCCCCCACAACAGCCGUCACCUCAGCCUCAGCAGAUGCAGCCGCCGCAGCCCCAGAUGGCAGGCCCUCUGGUCACUCAGUCUGUCCAGGGUCUGCAAGCCAGCUCCCAGUCUGUGCAAUAUCCUGCGGUGUCUUUUCCUCCACAGCAUCUUCUGCCUAUGUCUCCAACACAGCACUUUCCCAUGAGAGAUGAUGUAGCAGCCCAGUUCAACCAGCUUAGUCUAAGCAGGCAGUCCUCUGGAGAGACUCCGGAGCCACCAUCCGGUCCUGUCUACCCACCCUCCCUCAUGCCACAGCCAGCCCAGCAGCCAAGCUAUGUCAUUGCGUCAACAGCCCAGCAGCUUUCCACAGGGGGGUUCUCGGGCUCAGGCCCUCCCAUCACCCAGCAGGUCCUUCAGGCCCCACCCUCUCCACAAGGAUUUGUGCACCAGCCUCCACCAGCACAGAUGCCUGUAUAUUACUAUCCAUCUGGGCAGUACCCUACCUCAACUACACCACAGUACCGGCCCCUGGCCUCCGUUCAGUACAGUGCUCAGAGGGGUCAGCAGGUGCCACAGGCAGCACAGCAAGCAGGUUAUCAGCCAGUCCUGUCUGGACAGCAGGGGUUCCAAGGCCUGAUGGGAGUACAGCAGUCUCCUCAGAGUCAGGGUAUGGUGAGCAAUCAGCCAGGAGCUCCUGUGCAAGGCAUGAUGGUCUCCUACCCAACCAUGUCCUCUUAUCAGGUGCCAAUGACCCAAGGGUCUCAAGGAGUGCCCCAGCAGACAUACCAACCACCAAUCAUGCUGCCUAACCAGGCAGGCCAGGGGUCACUCCCAGCCACCGGAAUGCCUGUGUACUGUAAUGUCACACCGCCAACCCCUCAGAACAACCUUAGGCUGCUUGGUCCACACUGCCCCUCCAGCACUGUCCCUGUGAUGUCUGCCAGCUGCAGGACAAACUGUGCAAGCAUGAGCAACGCCGGCUGGCAGGUCAAAUUCUGAAUGCAGUGGCUGAGGUGCAUUUCUUCAGAUAUUACUCAAGGCCUUUAUGGAAAAAGAGGAGCAAGUUGGGAACACAGACUGAGGACUUAAGUAUUCACUCAACACUCCAGUGUUUGCUGCUGGUAUUCUCCUGUAAAAAAUAAAAAAAAUAAACAAAGACUAAUACACACUUUAGCUGGUUAAUGGUGCAUAUUUCCGUCAUGUCUGCUAGGUAUGCCUUUAUAGCUUAGCUAGUGACAUGAAUUCAUCAAGGUAAGAUUUUCUCCUACCACUGAAUACCACUGUGUAGAUUACAAUAUCACCGAUUCGGAUUAGUUUUGUACUUUGUGUUGAGUUUGUGAUGCUAAAAGUAUUUAAAAAUUAUAUUCUAAAUCGCACUGUACCAAAGCUGUAAUGGAAAAGAGAAGAAUUGAUGAAUGGAAGGAAUAAUUUAUAUACCCUAUAGAGUUUUCUUUUUUAAUGGACAUAUACUGUAUUGUAGUGUUUAACUGAAAUAAAAUUAUUUGACCUUA